AUCGAUAUCUCAGCCGUUAGAUUUAAUAUGCGAUCUGAUUGCUCAAAAAAUAGACUCUCCGUCUUUGCCUAUAAAAACAAUUUCACAUCUUUCUCACCCAAAUCUACUCUUAACCGUUCUUCUUCUUCUACAGACAUCAAUUUCUCUCGAGAUAAACUAAAUCUUCGCUGAAAAAAUGUCGGGUCGUGGAAAGGGAGGAAAAGGUUUGGGUAAGGGAGGAGCCAAGCGUCACAGGAAGGUUCUGAGAGACAACAUCCAAGGAAUCACCAAGCCUGCGAUUCGAAGAUUGGCUCGUAGAGGUGGAGUCAAGCGUAUCAGUGGUCUCAUCUACGAGGAGACUCGUGGCGUCCUCAAGAUCUUUCUCGAGAACGUGAUUCGUGAUGCUGUCACUUACACCGAGCACGCUAGGAGGAAGACUGUGACCGCCAUGGAUGUUGUCUACGCUCUCAAGAGGCAAGGAAGGACUCUUUACGGAUUCGGUGGUUAAUUAGAGUUUUUCAGAUCCGCGUUUGUGUUUUCUGGGUUUCUCACUUAAGCGUCUGCGUUUUACUUUUGUAUUGGGUUUGGCGUUUAGUAGUUUGCGGUAGCGUUCUUGUUAUGUGUAAUUACGCUUUUUCUUCUUGCUUCAGCAGUUUCGGUUGAAAUAUAAAUCGAAUCAAGUUUCACUUUAUCAGCGUUGUUUUAAAUUUUGGCAUUAAAUUGGUGAAAAUUGCUUCAAUUUUGUAUCUAAAUAGAAGAGACAACA